AUGGUACCCACCCUUUUGGUGCUGCUUCUGGUCGUUUGCUGCGCAACCACCAUCGUCCAUGGCAAGGAGUGGGCCGUUGUGUUCAAGUACAACCCGGGUAUGCACAAUGUGGUGCAGGUGGGAGAAGGCGACUACAACUCAUGCAGGGUCUCGGGCCCGUCGAGGACCUACACCUCCGGCAAUGACCACAUCCAGCUCUCCCACGGAGGCAAAGCGUUCUUCAUCUGCAGCCUUCUGGGUCACUGCCAGCAAGGCAUGAAGAUCGCUGUCACUGCUUAA